AUGUGGGCGCGGGCGGUGCGGCGGGUCCUCCGGGCCCCGGGGGGCGGGUGCCGGGGCUUCGCUUCUAAGGCAGGGUCUCAAGGGAAGGCCGGAGGCGGCGGUGUCUCCGCGGAGGGCGAGGCGGGGCCGGCGGCGCCGGAGGCCCACACCCACCCUCCCCGGGAAAGGGGGCGCAUCACCGGCGAGGUGAUCGAGCACCUGGAGCGGCUGGCGCUGGUGGACUUCGGCAGCCAAGAGGCCGUGGCGCGGCUGGAGAAAGCCGUCGCCUUUGCCGACCGGCUCCGCGCCGUGGACACGGACGGGGUGCAGCCCAUGGAGUCAGUACUGGAGGACAGCCUUGUUCUCCCAAGAGGUCACCUUCAGCUUCUGGUUUGUAGAUGUCUGUACCUGAGAUCCGACAACGUGGUGGAAGGCAACUGUGCUGCAGAACUCCUACAGAACGCCCACCGAGCUGUGGAGGAGUAUUUUGUGGCUCCGCCCGGUAACAUCUCUUUGCCAAAGCUGGAUGAACAAGAGCCCUUCUCACAGAGCUGAAGAGCUGUCUGGGAAGGGGUACCCUGUGAACACAUGGGAGCACGAUAGUAUUUUUAUUAUGAAUACUAAAGUGCCCACUUCCCUCAGUAACCGGGAAAAAAUCGAUGAUUAAGUAUUUUUCUUGGUAACUAACUCUUCUGAAAAUGGAACUGGGAAAGAUCUAGCCAAAACAAGGCAAUGUGUUCCUAACGCUAAUGGAAGUAAAAGGUAUUGUCAAUUUCCAAUGAAAUGUUCACUUUGGAAGGUAUCUCCCUUUAUCUCCUCCCAAAAUUGUCUACCCAACUGCACUGAAGUGAAUUUUUCUUUUUAUAUAACCUGUUAGACAUUGUAUCUGACCACAGUGUGAUAACCUGAGUUGUCCUUUCUAGUUGCUGUUUCCAUCGACCUGAGCACCCUUCUAUCUUUACCAAACACACCUGAGAUUGUUCCUGGGCACCCACUUUGUUCUGAACAGAGGGUUAACUUUUUGCUAAAUUCUGAAUAGUGUUCAAAGUAGACUAUACAGCUUUGCAAUUCCUGACAUCCAUCCCACAAAGUGAUUAUAUGCAAAGGGGAUAUUAACCACACCUACAGUUUUACUUUCUGAAAAGAACUUAAUGGCUUUGAUGGUGGUGGGUUCAGGGGUGUAUACUUAACUCCAAAGUCAUUAAGUUAUAUACAUUAGUUUUUUACAUGUCAUACUUCAGUCAAGUGGAUUAUGUAAAAAAUAUAGCCCCAGGCCUGGGACAUAGUUGACCUGAAUUGAGCAGAAUCCAAGAUGGUGUGUUCAAACCGCCCCGCCCCCAGGAUUUUCUUUUUUAAAGCUCACAUACCUCAUAGAUACAGAGAGUGGACUGGUAGUAGCCAAAGGGGAUAAGGACUGGGGGACGGUGAAAAGGGUGAAGGGAUUGAGAAGUACUAAUUGGUAGUUACAACAUAAUCACGUGGAUGUAAAGUACAGCAGUCAGUAAUAUUGUGGUGACUGUGUAUGGUGCUAGGUGCGUACUGGAAGGAUCAGGGGUGGGGAGUGGGGGACACUUUGUAGAGUAUAUGAUUGUUUAACCACUAUGCUGUACACCCAAAACCAAGACAAAAUAAUAUUGAAAGUAAAUUAUAAUUGAAAAAUAAAAAAUUUUGAAAGUUCAGGUAGCACGGAUAAAUGAGACAGAUUUAGAAGUAAAAGUGAUAGGCCCUAACUGGUUUGGAUCAGUGGAUAGAGCAUCGACCUGCAGACUGGAGGGUCCUGGGUUCACUUCCAGUCAAGGGCACAUGCCCGAUUUGUGGGCCCAAUCCCCAGUGGGGUGUGCAGGAGGCAGCCGAUCAAUGGUUCUCUCUCAUCAGGGAUGUUUCUAUCUCUUUCUCCCUUCCUCUCUGAAAUCAAUAAAAAUAUAUAUUUAAAAGAAAAAAAAAAAAGAGAAUCCUGAACCUGCCCUUGGGAUGGAAUUUCUCAAACUAUCAUCAGAGCAACUACCUUUUUUAAAAAAUAUAU